UGGCAACGAGCAGCAGUUGGUUAGUGCAGAGCUGAGGUAAUUGACCUGCAGGCCAGAGCUGUGUUGUGAGGAGGCGCGCUGAGGACGCCCAUUCCAGAGAGCUGAGAGGCGAGUGUGAGGAGUCUGUCCCACCCAGCUCUACGACAGACCCCCACUGGCUUUCAAAGUACUUCUCAGCAGAAGACGGAGAAUGUCUAUCAGAAGAGCCACCUCAGCCGGCUACAGGAUGCCGGACAGGACUGCAACAAAACUGGCAUCAACUUCCAGCGUCUCUUUAAAUAAGUCCCUUCCCGGGACGCGAAAAGCUCUGUCGCUGUCUGAUCGGGAGAAAGGGAGACAAGCCUGGGGGGAUGCCGUCCAGCAAGACCAGGUGUGGAGGGAGUUUGUAGAAGCCGAAAAACGAGGCGAAAAACAAUGGCAUGAAAACUGGAGCUUCCUAAAAGAGUAUGACGCACUGGGAAAUAAAAAAGAAGUGGAAAAGCCGCCCGAAUAUGUACCAAUUUUUUCCGACCAAGUGCCCAAUACUACCAACCAAAUGAUUGGCAGCAGGAUAAGCACCGACAUGGGUAAAACAUUGGUCCAUAUGGAUUUCUUUCUAACCAGUGGAAAUCAGAAGAAGAGAUUGGGUACGGAACUUCUGCCCUGCUAACCAAUAGUUACACAACGCGGCCUGACCUCUGCUGAGUCCUACACUACUGUCAUGGGUACAAUCCUGAAUAUUGCAGCACGGCGGAUAGAUACGAACACUUAUUAAUGGCCAUUGUUGAUGAAAGAUGAAGCAACGAUUGCCAAUAAACAAUAUUUUGGAUUCAUACAGUAA